AUGCCCUCGAAGGUGUCGUGCCUAUACCUGCUGACGGUGGUCUGUUGGGCCAGUGCCCUGUGGUACCUUAGCGGUUCUCGACCUUCGACCUCCUACGUGGGCCAAAUCGCCAUCCCCAUCCGCAAGGUACCGCCCAAACUGGCCAAGAAUGCCACCCUCAGCAACAUCCGGACGCGCUCCCUCAACCCGCACAACUUCCGGUACCUCAUCAACGAGCCGGCCAAGUGUAAAGGAUUCGACCCAUUCCUGGUUAUCCUCAUCAGCACCACCCACAAGGAGUUCGACGCCCGGCAAGCCAUCCGCGAGACCUGGGGCGACGAGAGCGCGUUCAGCGACACGCGUAUCGUUACGCUUUUCCUGCUGGGCCAGAACCUGGACCCGGUUCUCAACCAGAUGGUUAAGCAGGAGAGCCAGAUCUUCCACGACAUCGUGGUCGAGGACUUUGUGGACUCCUACCACAACCUCACCCUGAAGACCCUGAUGGGUAUGCGAUGGGUGGCCUCCUUCUGUCCCAAGGCGCAUUACGUCAUGAAGACGGACAGCGACAUCUACGUCAACAUGGACAACCUCAUCUUCAACUUGCUCAAGCCCAGCACCAAACCGAGACGCCGAUACUUCACCGGCUACGUCAUCAACGGGGGGCCCAUCCGAGACAUGAGGAGCAAAUGGUACAUGCCCCGGGACCUUUACCCGGAGAGCAAGUACCCCCCCUUCUGCUCGGGCACGGGGUACGUGUUUUCGGCCGACGUGGCCGAGCUCAUAUACAACACGUCCCUCCACACGAGACUGCUGCACCUGGAGGACGUCUACGUGGGCUUGUGCUUGCGCAAGUUAGGCAUCCAUCCCUUUCAGAACAGCGGUUUCAACCACUGGAAAAUGGCGUACAGCCUAUGCCGGUAUCGCAGGGUGGUGACCGUGCACCAGAUCUCCCCGGAAGAGAUGCACCGGAUCUGGAACGACAUGUCGAGCAAGAAACACCUCAAAUGCUAG